AGGAGGGAGCUCGCAUGCUCCUCUCCGACUCUUCUUUAUAAAAACAGACUCAAUCCUCAAUCUCUGAUCUAAAGAGAAAAUCUGACACUCUCAAUUAGACUCCAGCGCGUGCAUCUAAACGGAAAUAACCAUCAUUUUACUUAGAUUUUUUGUUGUUAUUUUCAUUUUUGCGCGGUGCGUAAUUCCAUUAUAUGACUGAUUAAAUCAAACAUGCAUGUGCAUUUAAAGACAUUUUAAACUCAGAACUGACAACCAAUAGGAUGCUAUGAUUUUUUUUGUAUUGUUAUCAUCAUUAGGUUGACGUUAGGCUUUGAUUCCUCGAAUGCGUAAUAUCAUCACAUAUAGAUAUAUUUGCAUGAUCUUCUCCGGCGGGUUAUUCUUUCGUAGGAUAUGUCGCGGCGCAAACAAGCCAAACCAAGAGCUCUGAAAGAUGCAGAUGCUGCUGCUGAGAUCGAGUGUAAGCAUGAGGAUGAGAUCUGUUUGAAGAGUCGCAUCAGUGCUGAAGAGGAGGAAGAGGAGGAGGAAGAGCAGCUGUUCGAGCCCGUCACUGCACACAAGAGCCACCUCACAGAUGGAACCGAUAUAGAAGAUGAUCCAUCCUGCUCCUGGCCUGCCUCCUCUCCAUCUAGUAAAGACCACACAUCUCCAGGCCACGUCGAUGACUAUGAAUACGGUGAAGAUGAAGGUGGAGCCGGCCUUCCAUACCCAUGCCAGUUUUGUGCAAAAUCCUUCAGUCGCCUGAGUUUCCUAAAGUGCCACGAGCAGAGUCACCGAGAUAAACUUCCCUUCAGCUGCACAUACUGCAGUCGCCUGUUCAAGCACAAGCGCAGCCGCGACCGACACAUAAAACUCCACACCGGCGACAAAAAGUACCACUGUGGAGACUGCGAUUCUGCUUUCUCACGCAGCGAUCAUCUAAAGAUCCAUAUGAAAACGCACUCCGCAAACAAGCCCCAUAAAUGCCCGGUGUGCCGCAGGGGGUUCUUGUCCACCAAUUCACUCCACGGACACAUGCAAGUGCACGAACGUGGGAAGGAUGCGGCGAAUACAAGAUCCCCUCAAGAAUGGAGGUUAAAAGAGACACGCAAAUGCAGCCGCUGCGAAGAAGGCUUCGAUAUGCCCGAGGAGUUGCAGAAACACAUUGCAGAAAGCCAUCCAGAAUGCUCUUCUCCUGUACUAGGGAGUCUAGAACCUGGUCUGCAAUGCAUUUACUGUCACGAGCCAUUUAGCAAUGAGGGAAUGCUCCUAAGCCACAUUGAUCAGGUGCAUGGGAGGGAUAGGAAGAGUCACGUGUGUACCGUGUGCUCCGAGCACUUUACCACGGUAGAGAAGCUGUACGCUCACAUGGAUAUUCACCAACUCCCAGAGUCCAGCAAUAGCCCUUCUGUGUUGCCCAUAGGGUAUACUUCUGUGUCGAGCACUACUCCAGACUCUAAUCUUUCUGUUGACAGUUCGACUAUGGCGGAGACGGCUUCUAUAGUGCCCAAGACACGUGGGAGAAGAAAGAGGGCCGCCCAUAACGACAUGUAUAGGCGAUCUGCCAAACAGCCGAAAAUUGAAUAUAGCUGCAUUUACUGCAGCAAGCAAGUCUUCUCAAGUCUUGGCGUCCUGCAGAUUCAUCUGAAGACAAAGCACCCUGACAAGCCGGAGCAGGCUCACACCUGCCAAUUUUGUCUGGAGAUACUUCCAUCUCUUUGCAAUUUAAACGAACACCUGAAACAGAUCCACAACGCAGAGGAUCCCUCUGGAGUACUUGCUAAUUUGUCUGAAGGUCUGCUGCAGUGCAAUUUCUGCCCAGAGUUGCUCGGAGAUCUCAAUGCGCUGCAGGAGCACAUUCGGUGCUCGCAUGGCUUUCCUAAUCCAGUAGCCAAAGAAAGCAAUGCGUUCUUUUGCCCCAAGUGCUUUAUGGGAUUCUUGACUGAGGCCACGCUUGAAGAACACGUCCGGCAGACUCAUUGUGACUCUGGAAGCAUGCAGUUCGACUCUCCGCUUGCAGUCACUCCGAAAGAUCCCGUCGUGGAGAUCUACUCCUGCUCGUACUGCACCAACUCCCCCAUUUUUAACACCGUCCUGAAGCUUAACAAGCACAUUAAGGAGAACCACAAGAACAUCCCCCUUGCUCUGAACUACAUCAACAAUGGAAGAAGGUCCUUACGAGUCCUCAGCCCCUCAUCUCCAUUAUCCGUGGAACAGGGAUCUCUGUUCAAACACAAUAGCUCUUCUUUAUGUUCAAGUGAGUUCAUUUGCAACCAAUGUGGCGCUAAGUACACCAGCUUAGACCUUUUCCAGACACACCUCAAGACCCAUCUUGAUGGUGUGGUGCCACAGCUCACAUGUCCCCAGUGCAAGAAGGACUUUCCCAACCAAGAGUCUCUGCUGAAGCACGUGGCUGCUCAUUUCACCGUAAUGUCCACGUAUUACAUCUGUGAGAGUUGCGACAAACAGUUCACAUCCGUGGAUGACUUGCAGAAUCACCUUCUGGACAUGCACACCUUUGUGUUUUUCCGCUGUACCCUCUGCCAGGAGGUGUUCGACUCUAAAGUGUCAACCCAACUCCAUCUUGCUGUAAAGCACAGUAAUGAGAGGAAGGUGUACCGCUGUACUUCAUGCACCUGGGAUUUCAAACAUGAGGCUGACCUUCAGAUGCAUGUCAAACAUAGUCACCUUGAAAAUCAGGGCUGCUCACAUCGUUGCAUCUUUUGUGGGGAGUCUUUCGGCACAGAAGUUGAGCUGCAGUGUCAUAUCACUACUCAUAGCAAGAAGUAUAAUUGCCACUUUUGCUGCAAAGCCUUCAAUGCGGUUUAUCUGCUAGAGCGCCACCUUCGAGAUAAGCAUUGUGUGUUUGAGGGAAAAGCCCAGAACUGCAGCACCAAUGGAUCCACGUCAGGUAGUGGGGAUUCAGUCGCCAAGGAGGAGGGAGACUUUCAGGGAUUUCUGACCAACAGCCAUGGAGGAACUGGUGUUGGUGAAUCCCACAACAGUCGGGAUGGCAGCGAGGAAGACUUUGAUAGCUCGGAGGUCAUGUAUAGCUGUGACAUCUGUGGUGCGUCCUAUACCAUGGAGUCCCUCCUAACCAAUCACCAACUUCGUGAUCACAACAUUCGACCGGGAGAGAGUGCAAUUCACAAGAGAAAGGCAGACAUGAUCAAGGGAAACCACAAAUGCAAUGUCUGCUCCAGGACCUUCUUUUCCGAGGGAGGACUUCGGGAGCACAUGCAAACGCACUUAGGGCCUGUCAAACACUACAUGUGUCCUAUUUGUGGAGAACGCUUUCCUUCAUUACUUACUCUAACAGAACACAAGGUCACUCACAGCAAAAGCCUGGAUACUGGAAGCUGCCGCAUCUGCAAGUUGCCUCUGCAGAGCGAGGAAGACUUCCUUGAGCAUUGUCAGAUGCAUCCGGAUUUGCGCAAUUCCUUGACUGGUUUCCGUUGCGUGGUCUGCAUGCAGACGGUCACCUCAACCCUCGAACUCAAGAUCCACGGCACCUUUCACAUGCAGAAGACUGGAUCUGCAAAUCAGCCCACUGCAUGCACACCACAACUCCAGAGCAGUCAGAAAGUCGUCAAAUGUGCGGCGUGUCUCAAAGAGUUCCACUCUAAGCACGACUUGGUGAAACUCGACAUUAACGGUUUGACAUACGGCCUGUGCGCGCUGUGUGUCACUGCUGUCGGUAACAAGAACUCAAGUCUAAAUGGAGGGAAGCAGUUGCAUCAAGGGGCUCAAACGUCAAUGGGUCUUGCAUUUGGAUGGCCCCAAGGGGAGAGCCUUAGCCCUGGUCCUAUGAAAAAAAAGACUGGUUCUUCUUCAUCAUCGUCGUCAUCAGCAUCACCCUCGAUUUCUAAGACCCGCUGUUCCAGCUGCAAUGUUAAAUUUGAGUCGGAGGCGGAGCUUCAAGCUCACCUGCAGACGGUGCACAGAGACCAAACACCUGAGGCAGCCCAGUUAAGGACUCCUGAAGGCUCCCCUAUGUCCCGUGUUAGCCCCACACAAAGUGAUGAGAAGAAGACAUACCAGUGCAUCAAGUGUCAGAUGGUCUUCUACAGUAAAUGGGAAAUUCAGGUGCACGUGGCCAAUCAUAUGCUAGAAUGAACCGCCAACU